CGGUGAGAAAAGCUGCAAGCCGCGGAAAUAAACCCUAAUGGAGUAGACCUUCCCAGCUCUCCUUUCUCUUCUGGAAAAAAGCUUUCUUUUGGGGAUCAUCAUAAAAUUAAUAUCUGCAGUUCUAAAUGCGUCAACUUUCUGCUCCAUUUGAUCGGUGGGUUUCCUUAAAUUUCUUCAUCCAUGAGCGGCACUGAUGGUUUUCACUGUUAAAUGGAGUGAAGAGCCUAAAAGGGCUUGGUUUGCUAUGCUACCUUUACUUGGUUCCUUGUCAUCUCCAUGAAGAUUAAAGAGUCCAAGUCAAAUUCUUGUUCGGUAUCUGGCCGGCCGAUUAGGAAAUCUGGUCAUUCCCAAAGAAGAAUUGUGAUCGAGAAUAUAUAUGAGAGUAGAACCGAGCCUAAUGAUGGCGUGGCGGUGCAGAUGACCCUCUUGUUCUUCACAGCCCGGCCUUUGUGGGUUCGAGCCUCCAAGAUUGCCAUUGCCAAUUUUCAUGGUCUUGCCCAUGGAGGAUCUCGCCCUCGUCGAGCCUUCCACGACAGAGAGGUAAUUUCAAAUUCUGAGACUUGGUUUUUGAAAGUCGUUUAUACUCUCUUUAUUCGGUCGCACUCGUUGGAUACUUGCUUGGGUUAUCUUCAUAAGAAUUUGACCCCCUCAAUUGCUUUCGAAGUCAUUAAACGGUUAAACAAUCCGAGUUUGGGUUUGAAGUUCUUUGAGUUCACUAGGAUGAAUUUAAGCAUCAAUCAUAAGUUUAGGACUUACAAUUUUCUAAUGAGGUCACUAUGUCAAAUGGGUCUUCAUGAUUCAGCUAAAUUGGUAUUUGAUUGCAUGAGGAGUGAUGGGCAUUCGCCCGAUGACUCGAUAAUUGAAUUUUUGGUGGUAUCCUAUGCACAAAUUGAUAAGUUGGAUAUAGCCGUGAAAAUGCUCGAAGAGGUUCAUUGUGAUGCGGUUAAAGUGGCUGUGGUUGUUUAUAAUAGCUUGUUGAGCGUGUUGGUCAGACGGAAUCAAGUUGAUGAGGCUGUUAGCUUAUUCAGGAAAUUUGUAGCAUCGCAUUUUCGUCCCGAUAAUUGGACCUGCAAUACCCUAGUUAAAGGAUUGUGUGGAGUAGGAGAAGUUGAUAAGGCUUUUGAGUUUUUUAAUGAUAUGGGGAGUUUUGGAUGUUCUCCUGAUGUUGUUACAUAUAAUACACUAAUAAAUGGGUUGUGUAGGACUAAUGAGGUAGAUAAAGGAUGCAGGUUACUUAAGGAAGUUCAGUUGAGAAGGGAACUUUCUCCCAAUGUUAUUACUUUUACAUCCGUCAUAUCUGGUUAUUGCAAGUUGGGUAGGAUGGAUGAGGCUUCUAUUCUAUUUGAUGAGAUGUGUAGCUCUGGGGUGAAACCAAAUGAUGUUACUUUCAAUGCUCUUAUUGACGGAUUUGGUAAGGCUGGUGAAUUGGCCUCUGCACUUGCCAUGUAUGAAAAGAUGCUCAGUCAUGGUUAUCAACCAGAUGUUGUUACAUUCACUUCCCUAAUCAAUGGCUAUUGUCGAGCUGGGCAGCUGAGCCAUGGUUUAAAUCUUUGGCAUGAAAUGAAUGCCAAAAAAAUUUUCCCAAAUGGGUAUACUUUUAAUGUUCUUAUUCAUGCCCUGUGCAAGGAUAAUAGACUGGAUGAGGCUCGUGAUUUUCUGAGGCAAUUAAAAUGGAGCAACAUUGUUCCAAAACCUUUUAUGUACAACCCUGUGAUUGAUGGAUUUUGCAAGGCUGGUAAUGUUGAUGAGGCAAACAUAAUUGUCGCAGAGAUGGAAGAGAAGGGAUGCAGGCCUGAUAAAUGUACAUUUACCAUUCUCAUACUUGGGAAUUGUAUGAAAGGUAGAAUGUUUGAGGCAAUUGAUCUUUUUAAAAAGAUGUUGGCAGUUGGUUGUGCCCCAGAUUAUAUAACUGUGAGCUGUUUGAUAUCUUGUCUCUUGAAAGCUGGAAUGCCUAAUGAAGCCUAUCACAUUAAGAAAACUGCAAGUGAGGACCUGAACUUGGGUUCUUCAUCUCUUCGAACUGUUCAUUCAAGAGCUAAUGCAGAGAUACCAGUGGCUGUUUAAUUUAUGAAAAGUUAGGAUGAAAGUUGAUCUGUAACGUUGGUUCAUCAAUUGGACAAGGUCCUUCCAAAUUAUACGUCUAUUAGGUGAAACAUGUCCAACUUGUGGCCCAAUCGAGUCGAAAACCGGCCUGGUAUGGAAGCGCACAGGUUUGAAAACAAAUGUGGUUUGGUAGAGAAAUUUCAUGGGUGAAUUGGAUAUACCUGGCUGGCCCCUGGAAGAGAAGGGAGAAAAGUUCAGUAUUAAAGAUAAAUUAUAUAUCAACAUAUGUUAAAUUACUUGCUGAAAUUUGUAGAUGAUAUGCGGCUCAACCUCCUUUUGACUGAUCGAUGUUCAAUUCUAUUUUUUACCAUCCGUGAGAGUUGUAAAUUUGCGUUCUUUAUAUCGACCUCGGGUUGGAUCCCAAAUCAUGUACAAUGAUGAGGUUCCGAUGGAACAAAGAGAAAUUUCUAGUUUUAUUUCACCAUUGGGAAGGAUUUGUGAUAAACUAUACAUUUGUUCUGUCAACAUUUUAGCCGACAAGGUUCCUUUCGGCUCUCACCUUAUAUAGGGUAUUUGAU